AUGAGGAGGAGAGGAGAGAAGGGAAAAGCGUGGUUACGGAUGGAGAGUGCUAGAAUAGCAAGGUGUAGUUAUCGUUCAUUAACUGUUGUCAUUGCAUUGUCUGAAAAGAGUAAAUAUUUGGAUAUUUGUAAUGAGAUAUGCUUAAGGUUUAAGGAACUAAAAGUGGGGAGCUUUGACCUGACGUAUUCUCUUCCUGACCACCCUAAUUGUUUGCUGCAAUCUGAUAUGGAUUUGCAUAUGAUGUUGAUGUGUUUAACAAUGUUGAAGAGUAGUUUUGUUGAUAUAUUGGUGAAGGAUCUUGUGAGUUCAAAUAAUGAUAAUGGUGAUCAAAAGUGUGAAGUGUCUGAUCAUACAGCGUCUAAUCAUGCAAUGUCUAAUCGUGAAGUCUCUAAUCGUACAGCACCUUUAUCAUGCACAUUAGAAAGUUGUAGUGCCAUUGAUGAGAAUGACCAUUUUGGGGACUCCAGCUUGGAUGGAGGCAAUGCCUAUUUGUCUCAGUACUGGAAGGAAUAUAUUAGUCAUGACGGUCAGAGAUUUGAGGGGGGUGUAACUGAAUUUCGUAACAAGUUGUGUAAGUAUGCUGCUCAUAUGAAAUUUCGUAUUGCUUAUGUAAAGAAUGAGAAAGAACGUGUCCUUGCUGAAUGUUUUAAGAAGAUUUCAGAUGGUUGUAAUUGGCGUAUAUAUGCUUCUCUAUGUCGAGGGAAUGGUUUUUUCAACAUAAGGAGUCUGAAUAAUGUUCACACAUGCACGCCUGUUGUCGAUGAACAGAAAAGUAAGAUGAUGAGUUCAAAGGUUGUAUCUUCUGUUCUCGUGGAUCAAAUCCGCGAGAAACCGAAUUAA